UUCAGAUUCCGAGGAAGAUAUUUGUCUAGACGUAUACCUUAUCCUUCUAAUGGUAGUUUUAAUCCCUUUGCAAUUUCUAAUAAAGAAGCACACAUAUUAAAUGGAAACAUAAAUAACUUGGAAGCUGCAAAAAUGUGUGAGGAAAACAGCUAUUCAUUUGGUAGAGAUCACUUCAGUAAUUAUUGUUUAAACAAUGCAGGUAAAUUUUCCUGUGCAGUUGAUUGUUUUCUCGAGCUGUGUUAUGGUGUUUUUGUAAUCAUCUUCAUAGCACUACACGAAAUGAGUUUUUGACGUUAUCUAUGAGUCAUGUAAUCAAAGAGAAAACCUUGGGGCUAUUGACAUUGUGCGAGAACCUGUGUGGUUAUGGCUCAGAGAUCAUUGUUCAUCAUUUUCUGCAAUGACUGCCAAUGCUGUUUUUAGUGACAUAUUUACAUUGAAUACUGUCGGAGAGUUAAGUGAGGACCUCAAGUCAUUGUUUGUUGUUCAGCAAUGCAAUCAGUCGUGUUGCGCAUCAUGUGGCAACCAAAUCAUAUAUAAGACAGGUAUAUUUGUUCUUUACAUUACCUGCCCAAAUAUCAUUUCCACGCAAUUUGCAAAU